AUGAAAUACGGAGGAUUUAUUCUGAAGCGCUGUAAGAGUUGCUUUGGGUCCCAGUCUCUACGUGUUAUCAAAAGCGAAAGAUUCUUAAGCACUACUACCGGCGAAAAGAAUUAUGAUGUCAUCGUUGUUGGAGGAGGUCACGCCGGAACAGAAGCUUGUGCAGCAGCUGCAAGAAUGGGGUGCAAAACUUUAUUGCUCACUCAUAAGAUCGAAACAAUUGGGGAAAUGUCAUGUAAUCCUUCAUUUGGGGGAAUCGGAAAAGGACACCUGAUGAGAGAAGUUGAUGCUUUGGAUGGGGUCUGUGGCAGAAUCUGUGAUUUAUCUGGAAUUCAAUACAAGGUUUUGAAUAGAAGGAAAGGACCUGCAGUGUGGGGCCCCAGGGCUCAGAUUGAUCGUAAUCUCUACAAAAAGCAUUUACAAGCUGAAUUAUUUCAAACAGCAAAUCUUGAAAUUAGAGCUGCAGCUGUUGAAGAUUUGAUUGUUGAAAAUAUAGAUGGUCAUGAAACUUGCUUGGGUGUUUUACUAGCUGACGAUACAAAAAUCUCCAGUCGAUCUGUAGUGAUCACUACAGGUACUUUUCUACGUGGCCAAAUCAACAUUGGAUUGGAGACCUACCCAGCUGGCCGUAUGGGAGACAAGCCAGCGAUCGGAUUGUCUCAUACGCUGGAGCGAUUGCAGUUUAAACUUGGUCGACUGAAAACUGGUACUCCGCCUCGUUUGGAUGGCCGAACCAUUGACUAUUCUGUCUGCGAAAUCCAGCGGGGUGAUGACCCUCCCAUACCUUUCUCAUUCAUGAAUGAUCGAGUCUGGAUUGAGCCGAAUGAUCAAGUCAACUGCCACAUUACUCGUACGUCACCAGCCAUGGAACGUAUUAUUUUAGACAACCUCCAUUUAGACCGCCAUGUCCAGGAAGAAACGCGGGGGCCGCGGUAUUGCCCGUCAAUCGAAUCGAAAAUGCUGAGGUUUGGUGGUAGAAGACAUCAAGUUUGGUUGGAACCUGAAGGUCUUGGUCUUGAUAACCACGUAGUCUAUCCCAAUGGACUGUCUUGUACUCUUCCAGCCGAAUUGCAAUUUCAAAUGCUGAGAACCAUUCCGGGACUAGAGAAAGUUGAAAUGAUUCGACCUGGUUAUGGAGUUGAAUAUGAUUAUAUCGAUCCUCGUCAAAUUCGAAAAACGCUGGAGACUAAACCGGUUAACGGUCUUUUCUUUGCUGGUCAAAUCAAUGGGACAACUGGCUAUGAAGAAGCAGCCGCUCAAGGAAUCAUAGCCGGUAUCAACGCCGGCCUCAAAGUAAAAAAUCUUCCCAGUUUUACAAUUGAUCGAACGGAAGGGUAUAUUGGAGUCCUUAUCGAUGACCUGACUCGGAUAGGUGCACCAGAACCUUACCGAAUGUUUACAUCUAGAGCUGAAUUUAGACUUUCUCUGCGGCCGGACAACGCAGAUUUUAGACUAACUGAAAAAGCAUUUCCGACGGGAUGCGUAUCUCAAGCUCGGUAUGACCGGUGUGUGAACACAAGAUUGUCCCAUAAUGAUGCUGUAACUCUUUUAAAAUCCAUCAAACGACCUUUGAGCAUCUGGCGCAAGAUGCUUUCUCUCCCUGCUACAAAAACGUCAACUCAUAGAAACGCAUUUGAACUUCUGGCCUUACCGUGGCAGCAGGACGGAAUUACGGUGGCACUUUUAGAUUCAAUUCUGGCUGACGGACGACUUAGUCAUCUAGUAUCUGACCCACUACUGUGCAAGAGACUUCAGAUCGAAUCAUUGUACUCGAAUGCGAUUGAUGAUCAAGAAGGAGAUGCCGUACAAAUCCGUGCGGAGGAAGCCCUCGCCAUCCCAGACGACAUUGAUUACUUAGAGAGUUCCAUGUCUUUGUCAAACGAAGAACGAAACAAACUAAAUGAAGCACGGCCGCAAACGAUUGGUGCAGCUUCUCGGAUUUCUGGCGUUACACCAUCUGCCAUUCUUACAAUAUUACAGUACCUUAAUCGAAGAAAACGUUUGGCGGUAACAAACUCUUGAUCAAGGAUAAUGACUGAAAAUUCUUUGUAAUGAACCUUUAAGGAAAUAGUAAAGAGCGGGAAGAGCCAUCACAGUAUAAAAUAUAGAAGUUUUGAAAGUUA